AUGGCCAUGAACAACUACCAGCGGCAAUCCUCUAGGAUUGAUCAACCAGUUAGAUUCUACAGCACCCUUGGCAGCUCAGGUGGAGCUCUUGGCCAAGAAAAUAGACCAGCUCCAAAUGCCAGUUCAUGCAAUACAGAUUGGCUUGCACUUAGGAAUCAACAGGCUUCCAUUCAGAAUUUUGAGACUCAAAUAGGCCAAAUUUCUAUGAUGUUGGCUGAGAGACAGCCAAGGACUCAGCCUAACACUAUAGAGUCCAACCCGAUGGAGCACGUGAAUGCAAUUAUAUUGCAGUCAAGUAAGUAUGUUCCUAGUCCUUCUUCUGUUUCUAACAAUAAUCCUGAUGCGCAGGUAGAUUUAAGUAGGGAAGUUGAAGCUACCAAGCCAAAGGAACUAGAGAAGGAAGAGGCAAAGGAGAUUCCAUUGAGGGAAUACCAGCCUAAAAUUUCGUUCCCUACUAGAUUGAAGCAGGCGCAAGUCGAGCAGCAGUUUGGUAACUUAUCUAUUAAUGAUGCUUUAGCUGAUUUAGGGUCUGACAUUAAUGUAAUGUCAUACAGCCUAUUUGCAAAGUUGGGGCUGAGAGAGACCAAACCCACUAGGAUGAGUAUACAGUUAGCUGAUAGAUCUGUUAAGUAUCCUAGGGGUAUUGUAGAGAAUGUGCUUAUAAAAGUAAAUAAAUUUAUAUUUCCAGUUGAUCUUGUGAUCUUAGACAUGAACAGUGAGAGUAGUGUACCCUUAAUUUUAGAUCAUAAUAAUGUUGUGUAUGCUGUUAAUGUAUUUGACGAUGCUAUUGAGACACAGUUGCAGGAAAUAUUAGUUGAAGACCCUUUACAAGUCACUUUGCCAAUGGGAGAUGAGCAUGAGUUGUCAAAUGAGGAAAUGUUGGAGCAGCUUGAGUUUCUGUUAGCAAACGAGUCAAGCAACAAAAUUAAUGAGUUUACUGUGAUUGAUAGGAUAAGUGUGCAGAAGUUGAGGCCAUCACUUGAGGAACCGCUGGUUCUCGAUUUGAAAGAGCUUUCACAGUGUCUUGACUAUGCGCAUAUAGAUGAGGAUAACAACUGCCUGUCAUUCCAACAGCAGACUUGA